CCACUGUUAUCCACGAAGUCUUUGAAAUUGUCAAAAAUAGUUUUGAUUGCAAUGCUUGGGUUUCUGUCCCUCCCUCUUGUGACGACUUGUUAGAGGAACUUUGUCAGGCACUGGAAUUACCUUUCGACCCAGGAAGACCAAAAGAAAGGAGUUUGCAGUCUCAUUUACAACCAAAAAGAUUCAUCCUUGUCUUUGAUGGUAUUUGGUCUGAAGAUCAAUGGCACCGCAUUAAAAAGUUACUUCCUUGUAAUAUAAAACAGGCAGUAAAAUAAUCAUCUCCACUCGUAAUCGCAAUUUAGCUUCUUAUUGUACAAGUUCUCAUGAUUAUAUCUAUGAUCUCAACCUUAGUCCAUUACCAUCGGAAGAGGCUUUGCAGCUCUUUUGUAAGAAGGUCUUUCAAGGUGAUAAAUGCCCGGAUCAUUUGGUUGAUUGGUGUAAGAAAAUUAUGAGAAGAUGUGAAGAUUCACUUCAGGCAAUUUCUUAUCAAAAAGAAGAGUGCCACUUAAUGAGACAGAGUUUAAGAAAGUACUUGAGAUCCUUGAAUUUGAUCCAGGACAUCGUCUCUCUCUUUCCUGCUAUAGAAUUUUCUCGCAUAGUUAUUACCAUCUAUUGCCCAACCUCAACCUCAGGUCUUGUUUCUUGUACUUUCACAAUUUUCCCGAGGAUCACUCUGUUACACGUGGAAGACUAAUCCACCAAUGGAUAGGUUGCGGGUUCAUUGAGAAAAAAGAAGGUAAAACUCUGGAGCAGGUGGCAAAUGAGUACUUAGAUGAGCUAGUUCAAAUGAGCAUGGUUCAGGUGACCAGGCGAGAUUUUGAAGGACGAAUAAGGAGUUGUCGAGUUUCUAAUCUUGCAAGAGGGUUCAACCUUUCCGUGUCUGAGAAGGAGAACUUCAUUACUGUUCUUAGAAGUCCAAGUGCCAGUUUGGGAGGUGGGAAAACCCGUCGCUUAUCUCUUCACAAUUGCUUCCCCUCCAUGCUACAAAGGACAAACCUCUCUUAUGUUCGUACCUUUUCUAUGUUUGGGGUAGACAAUUUUUCAGAAUCAAUGGCCCAUGAACUUUUCAAAAACUUCAAGUUGAUGACAAGUCUAGACCUGGAAAAUGCAGGCUUGCAACAUUUUCCAGGAGAAGUUGUCAACCUCACCCUCCUAAGGUACCUAAGUUUGAGGAGUACAAGGAUUGAUUCAGUUCCAAAUUCUAUUAAGAAGCUUCAGAACCUAAUGGUUUUGAACCUUAGAAAUACUCUUAUCACCAAGUUGCCCAAGAAGACUCUUGAACUUCCUAAGUUGCUCUAUUUGUUUGUUGGUUGCCCAUAUGUUGAUGUAGGAGCACAAGUGUAUCCAGGAGUUAAGUGUUCCACUUCGUUGCAGAAGCUGUCACUUAUCAAGGCAAACUAUAAGGAAAUAAGCAUUGUUAAAGAGUUGGGGAACUUCAUUGAUCUGAGGAAACUAGGGAUCACAGAACUCAAGGAAAUAGAAGGAAAAGAUUUGUGUGCAUCCAUUGAGAAGAUGAAGCAUCUUUAUUCUUUGUCUGUGAGCUCAGCUGGCAAAGAGGUGUAUCUUGAUUUGAAAGACAUGAAAAAGUCUCCUCAACUGCUUGAAAAACUAUCUCUUGGAGGGAGAUUGAAGGAAAUUCCAGCAUGGGUUGGUGAACUCUAUAAUUUGUAUAAAAUUGAGCUCAAAUGGUCAAAACUGCAAAACAGCCCACUUGAGGCCCUUCAUGCUUUGCCUUCUCUAAAGGAGCUACAUCUCUAUGCUGCUUACACUGGUGCAUUUCUGGUAUUUAAUGCUCAAUCAUUUCUAGAAUUGAGGAUACUAGAAAUUGAACAAUGCGAUCAGUUAAUCGAGGUAGUGAUUCUAGAACAAGCACUGCCUAAACUUCAGAAGCUGAUUAUAAUAAAUUGUCACUGCCUAGACAUGGUGCGCAUAACAAAAAAUAUGCGAAGCCAGCUGGAGGAAGUGCGUGUUCCACAAGACUGUGUUAGAAUAAUAGAAGAAUGAGAAACAUUGUGGCUGAAGCACCUUUGUGAUUGAGAUUGAAAGCUCUGAGAGAAGAAUUGAUGUAACAGUAUAUUCAUGGAGUUGUGGAGGCUGGAUUAUUAACUAUUUAUGUAAUUCUUGGAAUUUUUCAUUGCAUCUGCAGACCUUUUGUUAUUAGAGAUUUCUAUUAUGUUAUUUUCUAUGGAUUUUCUAAGAGUGCUUGUAUUUUCCCAUAAAAAAAAGAGUGCUUUUUUUAUU